UCAGCCUCCAACAGCCACAGCCUCAUCUGGGAAUCAAUUGGCGUAUAAAUAAAACUUCUAUUUGCAUAAUAAUCACAUCAUCGCAUAUAACGCCCACCAAGUGGCUUCAUAUUAGGCAGCGCAUGGACACUUUGAGUUGAAGGGGUCUAGCCCGUUGUCCUUCCAUCAUGCUGCCUUUUCGCCAAUGCCGUGGCGUCCCGGCAUUACAAUCUAUCCGAUCUUAUUCAACGACAUCACUUAUUAAUCACAAACAUCUCUCCGCCUCAUCGCCGACGCCGUACUCUGAGGCCGAGGCCAUCCAAGAAGACCACCGCGCGCGCUUCCUCGCCAGCAAGGCAGACCCCUCUCUUCGUGUCCCGCGGCCCCUACUAUUAUCAUUUGAGGCACAGCCUACUUUUACACUUGGUCGCAGGCAAGAGGCCCUCCCACAACAUCAUGUCGACCGCCUCCAGCGGCCAUUGAGAACCCGCUUAGCCAAUCGCUCACCUGAGCUUGACGACGAGUUUCAACCGCUAGUGACAAAGACAAAUCGGGGCGGCCUGACGACCUACCAUGGCCCUGGCCAACUAGUUUUCUGGCCCGUGAUAGAUAUGCAUUCUCCUCUGUACGCAAAGUUUGGUGUUGCUUCAUAUGCUGCACACUUGGAGUCUACGACGCGGCGAUUUUUGCGAGACAUUUUUGGGAUCCGGACAUACACCAAUCCUGAUGAACCAGGUGUAUGGGUCAAAACGGAUGGAGCGGAGCGCAAAAUAGCCGCUCUUGGGGUACAUCAUCGCAGAUAUGUUACAGCCCUGGGGACUGCGGUCAAUAUUGAUAUUCCCGUGACAGGCGGCGAGGAUGUAAAUCCGUGGGCGAGAUUUGUGCCGUGUGGUCUCGAGGGAAAGCUAGUUACUUCAGCACUGCAGGAGGGGGCUACUGGCCAGUUUGAAAUGGAGAAACUGGCCAGACUGUGGGCAGAGAGGUUUGAAGAAGGAUUGGUAGAUCCAGCAAAACGAGUCUACGACGAGGCCUAGUUGUAAAAUAUGUAUGCAUAAGAUACCCUGAAUGAACUGUACAAACCACGGGUUCGAGAUUGACUACUAAAGUGCAAAAAAUAAAUGACUUCAUGGCACCGCUCAGUCUCCAAAAAUUUAGGGGACAAUUGGUCAAAAAUGCAAAAAGAAAAUGCCCAGUAUGAGAAUCGAACUCAUGAUCUUCUCAUUUCACUAGGAAGUACUAGUGAGACGCUAUACCACUUAGCCAACCGGGCGCUUUGUGGUUAUUGAAAGAGCGGGUCUUAAUUUGUUUUAUAAGCCCUACAACUAACUCGCCCAUCACCAGAGCGCCCACUUUGGCAAAUAUUGCAAAUAAUACAUGUGAUGCAAAUUUUUAGUAGUAAAAAAAAUAAAACUGUAAUAAAUGAUUAGCAUCAUGAUCAGUACUGUCUUGAUUAGCCCUGACAAUUAUACCAAGUAUAUAGCCUGUCUCGGGCGUGAAACGCGCGGCGCUGAGACACAGCCCAGUCGCUUUAGCUUAGCCAGCACAGCCAGGUAUGGCCAGGGUACAGCCAACAGCUUUUAGCCUAUCUAUUGAAUUAUGUCCAAUUAUACUACACGGAAAGGCAUGGCGCCGUGGCAAUAAGAAAAGUUCAACUCCGUAUCGUCUAGGCCAUUAUCAAAUCAUCAAUUGGAUCUCGUCCCUCUGUGCGUGUCUCACUCUUUACACAGUGUUGGUCUGCCGUCAGCCCUGCUAACAAUGCAGUCUGUCUGUGAAUGUAUGUAUUUGGAGUGUAGACUGGGGCUGAACAAUGCCUAUACAAUUAAUACCUUUACUUCCGCAACUCAGCCGUGACCAGGACUACCUUGCGCACUGUUUGGGUUAUGUCAUUCGCGUCGGUCUAAGCCGGAGUGGUCGGCAUGCUGUUCCUCUUGGCAAGGAUAACAAUCUGGGACCCGUUCGUGUCGCUAAGCCCGAGGUUGACGCAGUUCUGUCCUCGCUGCUACUGUACAUCCACACCUGAGAUGUGCUACCCGAUAAUCGACAUAGCCAUCAAAGACAUACAGCAAGUGUUGCAUCGCUUGACUAGACCUGGGCAUACGGACCCAAUAUCCAGCUUUGAGCCUGUCGUACAUGUUACCAUCUGGUUUUCUGAUACCCUGCCAUUGACAUCGCCAUCAUUAAAGUGCUGUUCCGCUGUAUCGGGCAUCGGCGUGAUCGGGCGCACCGCAUCGUACGUGGAUAGUUGCUGGCAUCGCGGAACCCAAUUGCCACAUAUGGGGCUACGCCAAGCGCUAAAAAGCAGGUUUGCAUAUUCCUAUAGGCGAUUUCAAGCACUAACUUUUCUUUCUUGGGCAUAAUGUUGGACGCUUUCCUUCGCAGUACGAGCAGCGCCAGCGUCGAUGACAUCAUGCAGAGUAGAGGGCCAUCUGCCGCUAAGCUAGAUCCAGUACUACUGCUGCUAACCAGCCAAUGGCGCCGCCUUUGGUUUUUCAAUAUUUGCCGGUCGCGUGGGCCCCCGCCCCAAAAGUCACUGUGGCACCUGCAACACUGGCACUCCGGCACCUGGCGACCACUGCCACUGGGGGCUUUGGCCAGCUGGAGCAGCUGGCACAGCCGGUACAAAGUAGCUUGUGCCACGACCGAUGACGACAC